AUGACAUCUUCACGUGAUGAACUAUCGAAAACCAGGAAAGUUUCAUCUGAUGAACUAUCGGACACCACAAAAGUUUCACCUGAUGAACUUUCGGACACCACGAAAUCUUCACCUGAUAAAAUAUCGGACACCAAGACAUCUUCACCUGAUGAAAUUUCGGACACCACGACAUCUUUACCUGAUGAACUAUCGGACAUCACGACAUCUUUACCUGAUGAACAAUCUGACACCACGAAAGUUUCACCUGAUGAAAUUUCGGACACCACGACAUCUUCACCUGAUGAACUAUCGGACACCACGACAUCUUUACCUGAUGAACUUUCGGACAACACGAAACCUUCACCUGAUGAACCAGAGGACACCACGAAAGAUUCACCUGAUGAAAUUUCGGAAACCAUGACAUCUUCACCUGAUGAACUAUCGGAUAUGACGAAAUCUUAA